AUGGGUGGCCCCCGGCUAAUCACCUCCCAUACUCUCCCCCCACCCACCCUCAUCCUUUUCGCGCCACUCAAAAACCGCCAAUUUCCCCCCAAAAAAAUCCACUCUCCCAUCUCCACUCUCUCCCUCCUAUCGCCGGAAUACCAUGGCCCGCCUAUCUCGCCGCCGCCUGGAUUCAAGCCUCCGGAGCCGAAGCGGUUCUUGAUUCGGCCCGAUAAGCUUCUCGAUAUCCUUGGAUCUUCCCUUGCUCUGUUGUUUCGCCUUGGGACCGGAGCCCUCGUUCUAGGAUAUUCAGUAUCAGUUGUAUCAGGAGACAAAAUCCCAUCCAACGAAUAUGCUAUGGGUUUCGCAGGUCUGAAGUUCAAAGAGACUUCAAGGUUGGGGCCAAGGCCGAAAAUACCUAUUGAAAUUUAUGAAUUUGAGGGCUGUCCGUAUUGUCGAAAAGUCAGGGAGAUUGUUAGCGUAUUGGAUCUUGAUGUUUUAUUCUAUCCUUGUCCAAAAAAGGGUCCAACCUUCCGUCCAAAAGUGCUAGAAAUGGGUGGAAAGCAGCAGUUUCCUUACAUGGUGGAUCCAAACACCGGUGUGGCUAUGUAUGAAUCAGAUGAUAUAGUGAAAUAUCUGGUUAACAAGUAUGGGGAUGGAACAGUGCCUUUGAUGUUGUCACUCGGUAUGCUUACUAUUCUUACUGCAAGGCUUGCAAUGAUGGCUCGUAAGAGGAAGGGAUAUUUCUAUAGUCCUUCCAAAAUUCCACCUUCGCCGCUUGAGUUGUGGGCAUAUGAGGCUUCUCCUUUUUGCAAACUUGUUCGUGAAGUCCUUGUUGAGCUAGAACUGCCACACAUACUUCACAGUGCUGCUCGUGGGAGUCCAAAACGACAAGUUUUAUUUGAGAAAGCUGGCCAUUUUCAGGUACCUUAUUUAGAAGAUCCAAACACUGGGGUGAAAAUGUUCGAAAGUGCAGAGAUCAUAGAUUAUCUGAAAGCAACAUAUUCUCUUUAAGAAGCAGAAGCCUCUCUACAUUUAAAUGACAUGCUGUGAUUGAGGCAUCCGGAAAGGGCAGCAUUUAUUUGAUACUUCCAGGCAAAUUACUAAGAAGAUCCCAGCACUGAGAGUGACAUUGCUGAGCAUCCCGAGCAACUUAUGAUCUUCAGGAAGCACAAGGUCUGUUUUUUAUUUGAAAUCUAAUACAUCAAGAAUUUGUUAUUUUCUCCUCUCUUCACAUCUGGUGUAUAGAUUUUUUUUUUAUCUUUUUUUAUUUUAUAAAAGUUGUGAAUGUUACGACUGGUGUAUAGGUAUCUGGUGUAUAUAUCAUACAACACAUCCUUAAUGCUUAUUACAAAUUGUCCA